ACUAUUUCAAACGAUUUAUCGAUAAAGAUAUGUGUGAAGUUGAAUAUGUCGCUGUUGGUUCGUGCUUGUUUUGGUAUUCACAUUUAUUAUUACAAUUGCAACUAUGUAACAGCAAAGUUAUAUAAACGUACAAGUUACUUACUUCCAGCGCUACGGAAAUCGACUGUUGGAAAUAAAAAUGUGCUACAGAAUUCAUGUAUCUUCACAUAAAUGUCUUCAAAAUAACAAGCAAAUAUCAACAUCCUGCUAUUACCAUUCAUGAAUAAGAGCUCCAAAAUCAUCGAGCCAUGAAGGCCAGGCAGCUACACAAAACAUGUCCUUUGAGAAUAUGGUUGAGAGCCGACGGGAGGAAGCAUGCAGAAGCAUUCUUGUUCAGGUUCAUUCAGAGCAGUCCUGUUUUCAUCUUCACAAAUACUGUUGUCAAUAUGGAGAGGUGAAAGGAAUGCAUCACUAUAGUCUUCCAGGCUCAUCACAUUUUGUCCUGGUCGAAUUCACACACAAAGCCAAUGUGGAUCACAUUCUAAAAUGCAGCAGUCACGUAAAUAGAAAGGAAGUGAUCCCCGUGAGGUCCCCAUUCUUGUGGUUCCGUGCUCCAAACAAGCCUUUGCAGCCUAAUCACACUUCAUCAGAACCACCCACUCCAGUAGAAAUUAAUGGAAAUAAUAUACCCGCUCCAGCAGAACUCAGGAACUGGAUUCAGGCGGCAGAAUCAUUUUCAGAUCAGAUAUUGGUUCUUCACCGAGCUACUUCACUGAAUGACCUGGGUUCAAGGCUUCGUUUCCUGACAGCACGGCAGAUUGAACUCGCUCUCAGUGGACUGUUUCCACAAAUAACAGUUAUGCCAUUUGGAUCUUCCGUGAAUGGGUUUGGCAAGGCAGCCUGUGACUUGGAUCUUGUUCUCUUGGCAGACAAGGAGGAGACCAAUGAUGAGGACAAUAGUGAUUGCCGAAUAGUAUUCCAUGCCAAGACCUUGCUAACAAAUGGGCGCACACAGGUUCAGCGCCACAUGGAGACACUUGGAGAUAUGGUUCAGAUGCUUCUACCGGGAUGUUCUCAUGUGCGGCGCAUUCUUCAGGCCCGAGUGCCAAUUAUCAAAUACCACCAGGACCUGACAGGCGUGGAGUGUGACUUGUCAAUGACUAACAUGUCUGCUCUCUAUAUGAGUGAACUGCUGUACAUUCUGGGAGCAUCAGAUUGGCGUGUGAGGCCACUCGUGUUUGCUGUGCGAAGCUGGGCGCGUGAGAUUGGACUCACUAAUCCCACACCUGGACGGUGGAUCACCAACUUCUCCCUCACGUUGCUCGUUCUGUUCUACUUGCAGCAACACAGCAAACAUAAGGGUCCAGUGUUACCAACCCUGAAUACCAUGAUCUCUCUUGCAGGAUCUGGUGAUCAUCGUAUCACUUCGGAAGGUGUGAAUUGUACAUUCAUUCGAGAUGUGUCUCAGCUUUGUCACCACAUGGCUUCAUCAAGCAAGAAGCUCCCAAAUACGGACAACCUUGAAACUCUCUUCAUAGGCUUCUUUGAGUUCUAUUCCUCUUUUGACUUCACUACCCAUGCUAUUUCUCUGACAAAUGGUACAUCAGUAACUAAACCAGACCACUCUCCAAUGUACAUAGCUAAUCCUCUUGAACGAGGCCUUAAUGUCAGCAAGAAUGUAAGCCAUGAUGAAACUGAACGGCUAAGGAUAGAGUUCCGCAACACUGCAUGGAUGUUGGAAUCAGUGUCUCUGACACCACAUGAGACUUCCUUGACAGUAUCUCAGAAGAAAGCAGAUGAAGCGUGGGGACUGACAGCUCUCUUUGAAGCGCCACAGAGUGCUGCAAAGGGCCGCAACAUCUUUUAUCUUCCCACGCAGAGGGUGCCACCCCCCAGAAUUAUGGACGUGUCUAAUCUUUUUCAGCAAGACACAGAUGAGGUUGGUGACAGUUUUGUCCGUGACAGUGCAGUCCCAGUUAACACACUCAGUUCAAAUAAACAACAAAGUGAAGUGCAAGGCAGGUUAAAACCUUCUAAGGUUGCAAAAGUUUCUAGACGAGUACAUCGGAGAUAGAUAUAUUCAGAUUGUUUAAACUUAAUU